AGCGGCGGCUCCCGGGCCGCCUUUGUCCGCGCCCCGGGAUGGCCGGGAUGGCGGCGCGGCGGCCGGCGCAGGUAGGGCGCGGCGGAGCCCGGCGCAACGGGGAUGGGCGCUGCGCGGCGGCGGGGGAGGAUGCCCGGCGCGGCUGCUGCCCGCCCCGGCGCUGCCGGAGAGCGGCCGCUGCCUCGGGUUGCGCCGGUGGGUGUUGAAACCCCCCCGAGCCUGCUCCCCCCGGCAGCACCUCGAGCUGCUGCUUUUACACAUCGGUCUGGUGCUCGUCAGAGGCUGACUUAGGCGCUGCGAAAAUCAUCUUUUCACUGCUUUUUCUCGACUUUGCGCCCACCAGGCAGCCUCUCCAGGGCCAUGAGCAAUGCUGUUUAGGUUAGCGCGUUUAUUAAUAGUUCUUUGUGUUCCGAGAGAAUGCAGUUGUUGGUAGAUGCCGGUGACGUUUGAGGACGUGGUCGUGUAUUUCUCCCCCGAGGAGUGGGCGGAGCUGGCGGGAUGGCAGCAGGAGCUGUACCGGGAGGUGAUGCUGGAGAACUACGAGGUGGUCGCGUCCCUGGGCUGGCCCUCUGCCAAGCCCGAAGUCAUCUGCAAGAUUGAGCGAGAGGAGGAGCCGUGCGUAGGAGACCUCCCAGACCCCGGCGCGUGGAGAAGACAGCAGCUCUCUUUGCCAGAUGGUGACACCCAGAUGAAAAAGGAGGAAGAGGAAGGCCCAGAAACGCUGCCGGCAGCUGCUGCGUUCCUGGGCAAGUCCGAGCCGCGCUCGAAGCGGCGGGGCGGCCCGGCCCGCGGCCGGCUGGGCAGGCGGCGGGGGGGUCCGGCGGCGCGGCCCCGUGCCCAGCCCCUCCUGGCUCUGCGGCCGGCAGCCCCGCUGAAGAAAAACCCGCCCACGUGCCCCGAGUGCGACAAGAGCUUUAAGAGCAACACGGCGCUGACCAUCCACGAGAGGAGCCACACGGGCGAGCGGCCCUUCAAGUGCCAGGAGUGCGGGAAGGGCUUUCCCUCCAAGGGGGACCUCAAGAGGCACCAGAAGACCCACGCGGGGAGGGCCGGGCCCCCUUCUCUCCGAGCUGCAAUCUGCCUCCCUCCGAAGCUGCUGCUUGCUCGGCCCCAGCGCGGCCCCCUGGGACCCAAGAGGCCCCACGCGUGCGCCCAGUGCGGGAAGAGCUUCGGCAAGAGCCGAGACCUCAAGAAGCACCAGCAGACGCACACGGCGGAGCGGCCCUUCGCCUGCCCGCAGUGCGGGAGCAGCUUUCGGCUCAAGCAGAUCCUGGUGUCGCACCAGAAGGUGCACGGCGGGGAGAAGCCCUUCCGCUGCGCCGACUGCGGCAAGCGGUUCAGCCAGAAGCAUCACCUGCUGAGCCACCAGCGCGUGCACACGGGCGAGAAGCCCUUCGCCUGCGCCCAGUGCGGCCACCGCUUCAGCCAGAAGCACCACCUGGUCAGCCACCAGCGCAUCCACACCGGGGAGCGCCCCUUCGUCUGCGCCCGCUGCGGCAAGAGCUUCAAGGACAAAAAGACCCUCAUCAUCCACGAGAGGAUCCACACCGGUGAGAAGCCCUACAAGUGCAACGAGUGCGGCAAGACCUGCAGCCAGAAGCAGCACCUGAAGAGCCACCAGCGCGUGCACCGGGGCCCGCGGACGCUGGGCGCCCUGGAGAGCAGGCGGCGAGAGGACGCGGCGGUGUCCGCACAGGGCACGCGGGCGGAGGCGAAGCCCUUCCAGUGCGCCGCCUGCGAGAAGAGGUUUCGGGACGAGGGGAUCAUGCUGGCCCACCAGCGGACCCACGCUGAGCAGGGGCUGCUCGGGAGCAUCCCCCGGGCAGGGCAGAGCCUGCGGCUGGCUCUGCAGCAGAGCUGCCCGCUGGAGCAGGCGCGGGGCCCCAGCCCGCUGCUCCCCGGGGCCGGCGCUCCCCAGAAACCGGCUCUCGCGGCUCCGCAGGGAGCCCUGGCUGCCAGGAGACCUUUUGCUUGUGGUAAGUGUGGGAAGAGGUUCACCCAGAGCAAGUACCUCCGGCUGCACCAGAGGAGCCACACGUGAAGCAGAGCGAGCGGCCGGCGGUGUCCUUCACCCGAGCUCCGGCUCCGGGGGUGCCCGGGCCCCCCCGAACCCAGCCAGCCGCCCUGGGGACUGCCCAGCCGCUUUGCCGGAAACCACGCUCGCCUCAGCCUCGCCGUGAGAAACGUCUCCUUGAAACACAGACUCGACCCCCCUCGCCUCUGCUCCUUGCGGGACACUCAAAACCCAGAUGUUGCCCUUCUCCCCAGUUUCCUACGGGCAGCUCAGCCUGCUGCCUCGCUGCCCCCUUGGUACCUGCAGAACAGCCGAGAUGGAAGUGGAGUAACGGGGAUCUUCCCUGGCUUUCUGAGUACGGUCGGCCCUUGCUGGUUUGCACAAGCACUUGUGAAAUCGCUGGAUUUUGCCAGUGAGACAGUAAACAUAUGAUUGCUCUGUAAACAGGCACGGAUGCUGCCUUGCAAUGAACGCAGCUCGUUUCUUUGACCGUGUA